UGAGUAAGCGUGGGCCUGCAAAGUCACUGGCUGGGGGUCAGAGGCAGGGCCAGUGGCGUGGGAGACCACGGCGCACUUUCCGACAGCUGGCUCAUUCAUGCCUGUGUGGAGAGAGAGCGCGAAGGGGGACCAGGGGUUUCAGUAGAUCGACAGACGGCUGCAGAGGAUCCGUGUGCGCUGAAGGAUGGGCUCCCAGAGGAAGGUGCCUGCGCCGCCACCGCUGCCGUUGCUGCUGCUGCUGCUUCUCUGCACCGGCCCCGCUUGGCCAGACCAGGCCGCCUACAGCAGGGAGAGCAGCGCUGGGACGACACUGAUUUCAGGGCAGGGCCUGAUCAAUCUAGGACAGAGAUGGGGCUCCAAGUCACCGUUGAUGCACACCAGAGCAAACCUAACAGAGGUCACCAGCAUCAAGUCCUCAUUCGAGUUCCGCACGCUGGACCCAGAGGGGGUUGUGUUUUACGGGGACACCCGCGGGGGCGCUGACUGGUUCGUGCUGGCGCUGCGCGGGGGCAGGCCCGAGAUGCAGAUUGGAAAAGCGGACGUUCUGACCACCGUCACUGGCGGGCCCAAGCUCGACGACGGAAUGUGGCACAAGAUAGAGCUCCGCAGUGAGGGCAGGUUUGUGGUGCUGGAGCUGGAUGGGGAGGUGGCUCUGGUGGUGGGGCUGCACUCCCAGCAAACCCAGGCUGAUCUCUCAGGGCAAAUCCGCCUCUCCCUUGGUGGGAUCCUGAUCACAGAGCAGCGGCUUCUCAACCCACUCCGCAUGGAGAUGGAUGGUUGCGUGCGAGCGGGGACCUGGCUGAAUCUCAGCACUCCCUGGGAGACGGACCUCAGCCAGGAGCUUCAGCCAUGCUUCACCUGGAUCUCCAAAGGCAGCUACUUUCCCGGGACCGGCCUGGCUAUCUUUAACUCCUCUGACUUCCCAGUGGACCGAAGCGAGGUUUCCAUAGAGAUGGAAGGAUACGAUGUGUCCACGUGGAACGGAACUGUUCUGAGCCUCAAGACCUCGCAGGGGGAGCCGGUGCUGACCGUCACUGCCUAUAAUGAAACAGAGGAGUUUACCGUGAAGUUUGGCACUCAGACCAGCACUGUGAAGAUGGAGCCAUUUCACCUUGACCUGAACUUGACCAAACACGCGCUGGAGGUGUCGGAUGGCCCAAUUAUGGAGGAUGACACGCAUGACUGGCUGUCGAUGUGGAAUGAGGGCAUGGUCCUGGCCUUUGGGGGCGUACCAGAUGGCACAGAUGACGGCAGCUCCCCCUACCUGCAUGGCUGUCUGAGGCUGAUCCGAAUCCAGGGCCAGGUGGUGGAUCUGGACCGGGCCACAUACAAGCACAACUCCGUCUCCUCCCACAGCUGCCCCAGAAUGAGGCUGCCUGGGGUCCAUGCAAUGCCUGUUGUGGGCAGCUAUAUGUACUGAUAUUCUUAUGUUCUCUCUACUCUUGUAUUUUGUCCUUACCUGAGCCCCUCUUCUACCUGUCCUCCACCUCCCCUGACCUUCGACCCAUCAUUUCUUCUGAAUCCCCAUGCCCUUCGAUUCCCCCAAACCUGCCAUACCCCUGGCGUCCUGAUCCAAGACUACCCCUCACUCCAAAUCUCUCACCUCUUGACCAAACCCACCAAAACCGUGUCCCAUGAAUCAAUGAUCACGUAUUUAACACUUCUCAGGACACUUCUCACCACCCCCUCCCCACUCUCCUCUCUCUCAGUCACUUGGUCAUUCCAACAGUUCCGAGUUACAUGUAGGCCCAUUCUGCUUGGGUCAUUUCCAAACAGCUUGCUGAAGGAGAUCAUGUGAUGUAAGAACGACUGCAUCUCUUGCACUUCCCUUUUGACUACGAUGGGCCGGUGGUCGAACGAAAUCGAUCCGAAUGGGCUUCAGGACAGGAGAGAAUGGCUCCUCGUCAGUCCCGCCCCUGUUCCACCUGACUGCCUGUGAUGUCAAUGUUUGGGCGCUUUUCAAAAAGUAAAUUUGUUUUUUUUUAUUUCCUGCAACAAUGUGUGAAAUUGAUUAAAUAUUACACAAUGCAUACUUCAUGGGGAAAAAAAACAAGUUGAGUUCAUGACCAUGAAUUUGGUCUUCCGCUAGUGUGAUUGUUACUGAUGUCCUUUUGAAACACACACUGAUUGGUAGCAUCACUUAUCAGCUGCAUAUCAGGCCUGGGUCAUUCAGACAGCCGGACAUACAGCUGGUGAAACACGGUUGCCUAAGCAUAUAUGCACUAAACACCCCCUGUUGCUCGUUACCCGCUCGUCCCUUGUGUAAUGAGAGACGCCCACAGUGCACCAGCUGAGCAGGUGGAUCACCAGAUAAUUUUUACUGCCUGCUUUUGUGCGUAAAUCCUCACGGUUUAUAGCGUGGCUGUUAGCAUGUUUGUCCAGCUGGUUUGCAAG